UUGGUUUCAAUGCUGACCGUGUCAAGAGCCGAGCGCGCGAGCAACCACCACCUCCACAUCGCUUCACGUAGACACGUCCACCUUCCGGUCGUCUUCCCUCCCUCGCGCGGCCACCGCGUCAUCGUUCGCAGUCAGCUCGGUCGGUCGAGUUCUCCCUUCUUAACCUCACUCGUUCUGGAUCUUCUCCUCUCGUUCUCCCCUCUUCUGCUCCGUACGUACGUGUUGGGUGCGCGCGCGUUGUACUGGAGGAGCUGAGGAAGCGAUUGAUCGAUGGAUCAUCGGUGGUGGCCGCGGCGGCGGCCGGAGCCGGCGGCCAUCGACAUCACGUGGGUCUCGUGCAGGGGCGUCAGGUCGUCCGUCCCCUUCCACACGCCCUGCCUCUACGCCUCCAUCUACCUGCACCACCCGUCGCCGUCGCCUUCGUCGUGCGGGCGCCGCCGCCCGCACCGCGUCAAGACCGCCACGGACCGCGCCGGCGGCGGGAACCCGGAGUGGGACGCGCCGCUGCGGCUCUACCUCCCCUCCUCCUCCUCGUCGUCGCCGGCGACGUCGAGCGACAACAAGGACGAGGUUCUCUUGCGGUUCGAGCUCAAGUCGGAGGUGGCCGUGCUCGGGGACGUGCUGUCCGCGACCGCCGCCGUGCCGGUGUCCGAGCUCGUGGCGGACGGCGCGACGCGGCGCGUGUCGUACCAGCUCGCCGGGCCCGACGGGAAGCACCCCAACGGCGUCAUCUCCUUCUCCUACGCCGUCCACGCCGCCGCCGCCGCCGACACGUCGUCGUCAUCACCCAGCAGCGACGCCGACGACGACCGGAGGAGCACCACCACCACCACCACCAGCGGCAGCGAGUGCGACGAAUACUCCAUCACUCCACCUCGCUCAGCCGCAUCCAGAGCGAUCACUCUCCCUCCGCCGCCGCCGUCGUCGACGAUGUACCCGGCAAUAGACUGGCCGCCGACUGAGCAACUCAUCCCCAUGCUACUCUACCCGCCGGCGAAGCCUCAUACUACGGCCAUUGUCAAGGGCUCGACGUGCUACCCUCCUCCGCCACCGCCGUCGUCGACUCCUCCGGUGGAGCCCGUCGCGGUAUUCCCGCCGCCGCCGUCGCCGGCGUGCGGCGUGUACUACCCGCCACCGACAGUGAGGGAGCCGGUCAUCAACAGAAGCGGGAUGUACCCGAAGGUAGACCUUGAUAUUCCGGUGAGUUGCUACCCGCCGCCGCCGACGGCGGCGACGAUGUACGGCGGGGGAUGCGGGUACGCGGCGGCGCCGGAGUGGGACGGCCGGUGGUUGCACGGUUGAAUAUAUAGCACGUGCGUCAUCGUCGUUGCUGCGCGCGGGUUCGAUCGUUUCUUCAUUUGUGCCGCGCGCCCUCUGCCUCGUUUUUUUAAAUUAUUUUUGUGUUUUAAAUUUGUUUGUUUGCUUAAAGGUGUGUGUUCACGCUAAAAUUAGAAGUUUGAUUGAAAUUGAAACAAUGUGACGGAAAAGUUGGAAGUUUGUGUGUGUAGGAAAGUUUAAUGUGAUGAAAAAGUUAAAAGUUUGAAGAAAAAAUUGGGAACUAAACCAGACCUAAGUUUAAGUUUUGGGCAUAGGCGGAGAAUGUGGGCGGCCUGUAGUUCUUCUUUGCUGCUUCAAUAUACCCUUCCUACUGUAUUUUGUAAUUUUUUGAGAAAAUAUACUGUGCUACUCGUUGGAGUUCUAUGAAUUACAGGAGCUUAUUACUUUA